GGUAGCCGCUUAUCAGUAUAAACAUUUAUGUAAACUACAAGUCAGUUGUAACUAGAUAUAAACAAUAACUUACCGGUCACCGCUUAUCAGUAUAAACAUUUCUAAGAAAAAUAAUAUGCGAGUUGCAACUUGAUAUAAACAAUUAGGCCCUGCGGCUAGAAGUAGUAAUUAGGUAUAAACAAUUUUUAUCUAUGGGUCUUUCUAUCGCUUAUCAGUAUAAACAUUUUUUAAGUAAAAUAAUAUGCGAGUUGCAACUUGAUAUAAACAAAUUUCUAAGAAUAUUUAUCGUACGGAGCGCCGAAUCGUCGGCAGCUGAUAAAUUUAUUCGGCAGCUCUUGGAAUAGCUAUAAACAAAAAUCGCUGACCAUAUCCGGUAGCGGUUUGUUAUAAACAAAUUUUUUAUCGCGACAAGGAGCGCCGAACCGUCGGCAGCUUAAAUUUCUAGAUAAUGAAUCGGUAGUGAGCGCGUUAAAAUUAGAUAUUUUGUGGAGGGGAUAAAAAUUAGAUUUUUUGUGGAGGGGGAUAAAAAAAGAGGGUAUUUCGUGGAGGGGAUAAUAAUAUAAAAAAGAGCUCCCGACAACGUUAUUGCAUCAGUCAAAUAGUGGAAUACGAACGGUAAAGCUUUAACAACGUUACCGCAGCAGUUGAUUGGUGGAAGUCAGAUUGUAAAGUGUCUGAAGAAAGAACCGUACGAGAUGAACUAUUACGUUCCGAUCCAACAGAAUGACGGGUGCGAUAAAUCAACAUUAUCGCAGCCGCGCUAUACUCCUCGCAUCCUGGGAAGGCGAUUCGCUUUAACCGCCACUGCCUACAAAUAUUUGGAUAUCGGAGUCAGUGUGGGACGUGAACCUUUUGUGGAGAUGAUUCUUGGCGACAACAAAAGCAAUCAGAUACAGCUGUCACGUGAUACCUGGGUAAUAAUGAUCGAGAAACGCAUGGAUACCGAGCGACUCCUGCAGUCAACCACCGCUACAUCGUUGUGGAUUAAUGAUCUUUUCAUCGAACUCGUCAAAUUACGUAAUGAAAUUGUCAUAAAAUUUACAUUAAAUAAUAAAGCUUUGUAUAUGAAAUCUUUGACCGUGCAAUUUUUAUUAAAUCUUGAAGAUGUCAUCAAUAAUGUAUACUUUAAAUUGUCGCGGGAUAUGUUUGUAGUGAAAGAAAAAUAUAAUCGAUUUGUAAACUGCUUGCAGCGAAAUAACAUUAAUAAUAAGUGCGAUGCUGUAAAGCUAUUAGAUGAAAUAUGUGUAAAAACUUCGCUCAUAGAUUGCGAACUGAUGGUUUAUGCAUCAGACAAUAUUGUAUAUGAUGCUUUGAAUAAUAAAUAAAUAUGUAUUUGUA